AUGGCCUGGUUUUCGUGGGUUGCUUUGCUGGUGGUGGUGGCGGGAGCAGCUCUGGCGGCCUAUUGUGCCAUGCAGUUCACCACGAUGCCCAUCCUCUUCUUUGGACACAUCGCCGCGAUGCUGCUCUGCUGGUGGUUGAUGACCAGUGGUUCCGUCAUCUAUGCCGUGGCGAAGCUGUGGUCCGGGAGCAGAGAUUCGGCGCGGACGUUUCAUGCUGCGAUCCAAAGCGCCGCCGUCCUGGCCGCAGUGGCUGGAUACGUGUGCAUCUUUAGCAAUCACCGACUUGUAGGUGGUUCACAAUUUGGCUUUGAUCCGGGCAAUCCUCCAGCUAAGACGCUUCAUGCCUUGUUUGGCUACAUUGUCCUGAGCCUGAUACUCUUGCAGGCUUUUCAGGGCUGGAGCAAGUUCAUGGGAUUGCAGACGGGGAAGCUCCGCUUUUCACGGCCGCGUGACCAGCUUCGCAGCUUGCAACAUGGCCUUGAUUCUCACCACCUUCCCUUUCACAGAGGCCUUGUUUGUGACCCUGGCGGGUGGCUUCCUGCUGCUGACGUUCCUUGCUGUGGUGAUUGCUGGACCCGCAGGGAAGUCCGUGGCAUCAGCAAGGCCGAAGCAAAGAGUGACACGGCCUUGCUUGAUGGCUGA